GAGGCAAUAAAAAUGUUUUGGGAAGUAUUUCAUGAGUUUAACAUUGAUGACAAAAAGAAGUUUUUGCUAUUUCUUACAGGAAGCGAUCGUGUACCCAUUAUGGGAAUGAAAGCAAUAAAAAUUUAUAUCCAACCCACCCUAGAUGAUAACUUCUUGCCUGUGGCACACACAUGUUUCAACCUUUUAGAUUUACCGAAAUAUAAAUCCAAAGGAAAACUGAAGUAUAAGCUGACUCAAGCCAUUCACCAGACACAAGGAUUUUCUCUGGUCUAAACAUUUUAUGACACACAUUCCUCAAAAAUAAAUACACUCAAAAUUAAAUGUUUAAUUAACAAACUUUAUCGUAGGAUUUAAUGGCAGAGGAGCUCAGCAUUAUAAUUGUUGAAUAUCAGGGUUACAUUAUUCGCUCGUGUUAAUGUUAUGUUUUCGUUCCUUAAUGCCUAGAUUAAGAUUUAUGUUAUUUAUUCAAAUAAUUAAUAUAAUAUAAGCUUGUGGCUGGUUAAUAAAUUGUUUAAGACAUAAUCAUAUUUGUAAUAUUUACUUAAGGACAAUAAUUACCGGUUAGGUGAAUAUACAACUCGAUUAAAAGAAAAUUCAACUCAAAAA